GAUACGAGAAUUAAUAAAUAGUCGCGUCUUAUUCGAUUGUCUGUGAGUGUACAUCGCGCGACCGAGAUGCAGUGGCUGUUAUUCUUAGCAGGGGCAACCCUGGCACUGGCCGCCCCCCAGAAGGACCACACCCGGGGUAUAUCAAUAACUCAGGAUGAGAAGGGUGGCUACUCAUUUACUGUCACUCGUGCCAAUGGUGAGCAAAAGUUAGGUCAGCUGGGUCGCAGGAGCUCAGCGGAGGACAACGACGUGACCUUCGAAAUGACCACCUCAUACGAUGAGGAGAACGGCGGCACGCGCGUUUCCGUGCGCUGGGACGGCCCCCCCGACAGGGUCUUUGAAGAUUGCUUUGACUUCGGAGACCUACAAUGGUACGGUGGUCCGGAACAAAAAGACCAGCAAUGGCCGAUUCAGAAAUCAAAAAUCGAGAAAUACUCGAUCAUAUCAAAGGAGGCCGAUAACGCGGCUAUUUCGGAGAGAUACUGGUUGAACUCUGAAGGGCUGUAUAUCUACGUACAUCCAGAGGUGCCUCUUUUCGUCGACCACCACAAAAUCCUAGAAAACCAUAUUUGCUUCGUCGCCGAGGUCGCCGACCCCUACUCCACUAAGAGAACCCACAAUGUCCUCAAAUACGAUAUCUGGCAGUUCGAUGACCCCAAAACCGCACAUAUGCACGCCGUCAAGACUUACCUAGGCAAACCAUCUGGGAUACCAGAUUACAGAAUGAUCCAGUACCCAGUGUGGUCGACUUGGGCACGUUACUCCCGUGAAAUCGACCAGAACAGUCUCUGGGAGUUCGCCAAUGAGAUUGCCAACACUGGAUUCCCCAACGCCCAGUUCGAGAUCGAUGAUCUAUGGGAGAUCUGCUACGGUUCGCUCACCGUCGACGAAAGAAAGCUGCCGGAAUUCAAGAAGUUGAUACAGGACAUUAAAGGUCUCGGGUUCAGAGUCACUAUUUGGGUGCAUCCAUUUAUUAACAAAGACUGCGAACCCUGGUAUAGUGAAGCUUUAGGCAAAGGAUUUCUAGUCCUCAAUGAAAACGGCAGCCCCGACUCGACGUGGUGGAACAACAACGGCUCAGUGCCCGGCUACAUCGACUUCACCAACCCCGACGCCGCCGAAUGGUAUUCCUCCAGGAUCAAGAACCUUAUCGAGACAUAUGACAUUGACAGUCUCAAGUUUGACGCCGGAGAGUCCAGCUGGUCUCCUCAGAUUCCAGUGCAGAACGGCGACAUCGACCUGCAUCCGGGACACAUUGUGCGUGACUACGUCAGGACCGUUGCUGAGUUCGGGCCUAUGAUUGAGAUCCGCGCUGGAAUGCGGACUCAAGAUCUGCCAGUAUUCGUGCGCAUGGUGGACAAGGACACUCUAUGGGGCUUCGACAACGGGCUGGCGACGCUGGUAACGACGCUGCUCACCAUGAACCUGAACGGCUACCCGCUGGUGCUGCCUGACAUGAUCGGCGGCAACGGGUACAACGAGAAACCCAGCAAAGAGCUCUUCAUACGUUGGCUUCAGGCUAAUGUCUUCAUGCCCACGCUGCAGUACUCCUUUGUGCCAUGGGACCAUGAUAAUGAGACGGUGGAGAUCUGCCGCCGCUACACGCAGCUGCACGCGGACUUCGCGGAUGAGAUCGCGGCUGUCAUGGAAGAGGCGGUGGCGAGCGGCGCGCCUGUCAACCCGCCAAUCUGGUGGCUCGACCCCACUGACCAGGAUGCACUUGCUGUAUGGGAUGAGUUCCUACUGGGCGAGCGCGUGCUGGCCGCGCCAGUGCUGACGGAGGGCGCGGUCUCUCGGGACAUCUACCUACCGCGGGGCAACUGGCGCGCGCCUGACGGCACUCUGCACACCGGCCCCGUCUGGCUGCGCGACUACCCCGCACCCCUCGAUACCCUUCCCUACUUCCUACUCGAGAAGUGAUAUCCAUACUCAACCCUAACAUAAUUUCUACUCCAAAU